AACCCUUACUGGCACAGAGAUUGUGUAAUAAUUAGUUACACAAACCUUCUGAAGUGGCAUAUUGCCACCUGCUAGAGCAGACCAAAUUAGCUCACCAGAGGUAAAUCAUAUUGAGACUGAGCAGUAAGAGGCUAAUAGCCUGACUGCAAAAGAGAAAGAAGUUCCAAGUUUCGAGGAAUUAUCAAAGCCCAACAAUCGUUUUACUCUCCCAUAUUCCCGUAUUAUAUUAUAAUGUCUGGUCGCGGUAAAGGUGGAAAAGUUAAGGGUAAGGCAAAGUCUCGUUCCAACCGAGCUGGAUUACAAUUUCCAGUUGGUCGUAUUCAUCGUUUAUUACGCAAAGGAAAUUAUGCUGAACGAGUUGGAGCUGGAGCACCCGUCUAUCUAGCCGCUGUUAUGGAAUAUCUAGCCGCCGAAGUUUUGGAAUUGGCCGGCAACGCAGCACGUGACAACAAGAAAACCAGAAUUAUUCCCAGACAUCUUCAGCUGGCAAUCAGAAACGACGAAGAGUUGAACAAAUUGCUAUCGGGAGUAACUAUCGCUCAAGGUGGUGUUUUACCGAAUAUCCAAGCCGUCCUCUUGCCAAAGAAGACAGAAAAGAAAUCAUAAAUACAAUCUGUAUGUGAAACGGCCCUUUUCAGGGCCACAAUAUUUCCUCAUUGAAAAGAUUUUUUUAUCAUCUGAUCACUUUGGGUAUAAUAAA